AUGGCUUAUAACAUUCGUCACCCUUUCUUCCUUUUCCAACUUUUACUUAUUUGUGUCUCACCAAUGAUUGGUAGCCACACCGUCUCGUCAGCAACUCGACGUUUAUUCGAGACACAAACAACCUCAUCGGAGCUGCCACAAUUGGCUUCAAAAUACGAAAAGCACGAAGAGUCUGAAUAUGAAAAGCUAGAAUACAAACAGCCAAAGUAUCAUGAAGAGUACCCAAAACAUGAGAAGCCUGAAAUGCACGAGGAAAAACAAAAACCCUGCAAACAACAUGAAGAGUACGAGAAAGAAAAACCCGAGUUCCCCAAACGGGAAAAGCCUAAAGAGCACGAGAAACACGAAGUUGAAUAUCCGAAAAUACCCGAGUACAAGGAAAAGCAAGAUGAGGGUAAGGAACAUAAACAUGAAGAGUAUCACGAGUCACACGAAUCGAAGGAGCACGAAGAGUACGAGAAAGAAAAACCCAAGUUCCCCAAAUGGGAAAAGCCUAAAGAGCAUGAGAAACACGAAAUCGAAUAUCCGGAAAUACCCGAGUACAAGAAAAAACAAGAUGAGCGUAAGGAACAUAAACAUGAGUUCCCAAAGCAUGAAAAAGAAGAGGAGAAAAAAUCCGAGAAAAAGGCAGAGUACCCUGAGUGGGCUAAAAUGCCUGAAUGGCCGAAGUCUACUCAAUCUGACUCGGGAACUAAGCCUUGA